AUGGCAUAUAUAAUAGUCGCUGGACGCGCUAUUAAGUCUGAAUAUAUUGCAAUUGGAACAAUUUUAUCUGCUGCUAGUCUUCUUGCUUAUACUAUACAUCGAGCAAAUAAACGGGCUCAACAACGAUUAGCUGGUGAUCCUCCGAUUUAUGCGAAAAGUCCUGAGGAAGAGGCAUUUAUUCGAAAUAAAUUAGAAGCCUUUAAGCAAGAACAAAAAGUAUUAAAAAAAUAAUUAUAUUAUUCAUAAUAAGCCAUUCUAAAAAGAACUAUUUAUCAUUAAAAAUAAUAUUUAUUUCAUAAAUAAAUAUAUUUCUAUUUUCUAUAUUAUAUGGAUUAUAUAUGGACUAUAUAUGCGUGUUAUAUGCGCUUAAUUAUGGAUAUUAUUAAGUAAAAGAAGCAUAAAAAGCCAU